UGGGGUUAGGUCAUGGGUCUGGGAGACCCGAAAACUGAGAUCUUCUUUGUGCCCCGACAGCUGCACCCUACAGCUCUGCAGCCGUCACCAUGCCACAAAAUGAAUAUAUUGAGUUACACCGGAAGCGCUAUGGCUAUCCUUUGGAUUACCAUGAGAAAAAGAGAAAGAAAGAAGGUCGAGAGGCUCAUGAACGUUCAAAGAAGGCAAAAAAGAUGAUUGGUCUGAAAGCUAAGCUCUACCAUAAACAGCGCCAUGCUGAGAAAAUACAGAUGAAAAAGACUAUCAACAUGCAUGAAAAGAGAAACACUAAACAAAAGAAUGAUGAAAAGACUCCACAAGGAGCAGUACCUGCAUAUCUACUGGACAGGGAGGAACAGUCUUGAGCUAAAGUACUUUCUAAUAUGAUUAAACAAAAACGAAAAGAGAAAGCGGGAAAAUGGGGAGUUCCUUUACCCAAAGUUCGAGCCCAGGGAGAAACAGAAGUAUUAAAAGUUAUUCGAACAGGAAAGAGAAAGAAGAAAGCAUGGAAAAGAAUGGUCACUAAAG